CCAAACAACAACAACCAAAAAAAUCUUGGCUGAUAACUCGGAUUUAAAAAGAAAGGCGAGGAAAAGCCCCAGCCCCUUGCCUGCGUGGUUGGGAGAACGGGAGGGCGGCCGGCGCGGCUGGCCGGACGCGGGUGCCGGUGCCGGCGGCCUCGGCGCGUCUGGAUGCGCGGGCUGUAGGGGGGCGGGCAUGGCCGACAAGCGGCGGUCCUCGCCCGGCACCACCAUGAGCCUCAAGGCUCACGCCUUUUCUGUGGAGGCGCUCAUCGGGGCCGAGAAGCAGCAGCAACAGCAGCAGCCGCCGCCGCUGCCGCGGCAGCCCAAGCGGCGGAAGCUGGGCAGCGAGGACGAGGCGGCGGAGGACGAAGGGGGCAGCGGCUGCUGUGCCAAGAGCUCCGCUGCUGCCGCCGCCGUCGGCAGGACCUGCGGCGACAUGGAGCUGGGCUGCGCCGCCCGCGCCCCCGCCGGCGGCUGCGAGGAAGGUUUCCUGGCGGGCUCCCCGCCCGCCUCCCCCGGCGGCUCCCCCAAGGGUUCGAGGCCCAGCUCACCGCUGCCCACGCCGCAGGCGCCGCGAGUGGACCUGCAGGGAGCCGAGCUCUGGAAGCGCUUCCACGAGAUCGGCACCGAGAUGAUCAUCACCAAGGCGGGAAGGCGGAUGUUUCCCGCAAUGAGAGUGAAGAUCUCAGGUUUAGACCCACAUCAGCAGUAUUAUAUUGCUAUGGAUAUUGUGCCAGUGGAUAACAAAAGAUACAGGUACGUUUAUCAUAGCUCCAAGUGGAUGGUGGCUGGGAAUGCUGACUCCCCAGUACCACCUCGUGUUUAUAUUCACCCCGAUUCACCCGCCUCUGGGGAGACGUGGAUGAGACAAGUGAUCAGCUUUGACAAACUGAAGCUUACCAAUAAUGAGCUGGACGAUCAAGGGCAUAUUAUCCUUCACUCUAUGCAUAAAUAUCAGCCUCGUGUCCACGUCAUCCGAAAAGACUGUGGAGAUGAUCUGUCCCCCAUCAAGCCUAUCCCUGCAGGAGAAGGGGUGAAAGCUUUCUCCUUUCCAGAGACAGUUUUCACUACGGUCACAGCGUAUCAAAAUCAACAGAUAACUCGUCUGAAGAUCGAUAGAAAUCCAUUCGCCAAAGGGUUUAGAGAUUCGGGACGUAACAGAAUGGGUCUGGAAGCGCUGGUAGAGUCUUACGCCUUCUGGAGACCUUCUCUGAGGACACUUACCUUUGAAGAUAUACCUGGGAUACCCAAACAAGGAAAUGCAGGUUCCUCUACUUUACUCCAGGGCUCUGGCAGUGGAGUGCCAUCCACCCACCCUCACCUUUUGCCGGGUUCCCCUUGCUCGUCUCCGGCCUUCCACCUCAGUCCCAACACCAGCCAGCUCUGUAGCCUCGCUCCAGCUGACUACACAGCUUGUGCCCGCUCAGGCUUGACCCUCAACAGAUACAGCACUUCCCUGGCCGAAACCUACAACAGGCUCACAAACCAGACCAGUGAGACGUUUGCACCCCCGAGGACUCCCUCCUACGUUGGUGUGUCAAGCAGCACAACUGUGAAUAUGUCCAUGAGCGGCAGCGACGGGGAUGCCUUCAGCUGCCCGCAGACUGGCUUGUCGAUGCAGAUUUCAGGGAUGUCUCCACAGCUCCAGUACAUCAUGCCAUCCCCGUCCGGCAAUGCCUUCACCGCUAAUCAAACCCACCAAGGCUCCUACAACACGUUUAGACUGCACAGUCCCUGUGCUCUCUAUGGAUACAACUUUUCCACCUCCCCCAAACUGGCUGCCAGUCCUGAGAAAAUCGUUUCUUCCCAAGGAAGUUUCUUGGGGUCCUCGCCAAGCGGAACCAUGACGGAUCGGCAGAUGUUGCCCCCCGUGGAAGGAGUGCACUUACUUAGCAGUGGGGGGCAGCAGAAUUUCUUUGACUCCAGGACCCUAGGAAGCUUAACACUCUCCUCUUCUCAAGUGUCUGCACAUAUGGUUUGAUGAAGCCUUUAAGUAAAAGUACCGUGUGUUUGGUGUCUACGAUGUAUUUCUUUUCGGAAUACGAGAGGACACUGGAUGUAGCUUGUAAAGAGUGUGUGUGUGUGUAUAUAAUAUGAGAGGAAGUUUCACUGAAUUUCUGACUUGCUUGUGGCCAGAUUAUUCUCCUAUUUUGAGUUACACAGAGUUCGCCGUGGCGCAGCCUGCUUUAGUUUGCUGGUAUAAUACACUUAGUUGUAUAACACGUUGAGACAUAUGCAACAAAUUAAGGAAGACUUCCUCCCCUUCCCCCCCCACCCCCCACCUCCUCUGUUCUAACCCCUUUAAGGAAUGAAAUGACACUUGGAGUAUUAAACAACACAAACAAGCCCACUUACAUUUCCUAUAGUGCUAGUGAGUUUCUUUAAAACAUUCAUACAACUGAUGCACCAAAGGCGUUUUGUAAGUUGAUUUCUUUUUCUCUGUUGUAAGGGAUACGAAGGGUACUUGGACUUUCAAGUGUUAAGCAUCAAGCAUCCAGCCUGAAAUAGAAGUUUAGCUAAUGGAUUAUUUACAAAGUAAACAGCAAGUUUAGUUUGCCUUCUCAUGAUGCUCUGUUUUUAGCUUAUCAAGGGCACAGAAUUCUCACUAGGAUUUUUCUUUUGCAGUAUUAGUGUAGAUUUAUGGUUAGGCUUUUGAAGAAAAAAUAGUGAAA